UAUUUCUUUACUAAACUUACAAAGUUUAUCAUGCGAUUCCCUCCUGAAACUUUUUCUUCGGUCUAGAUCUAAUCUGUAAUACUGUGAUUUGAUUUGUCUUUAGUUACUUUAUUUUAACUUUUCGCAAGUAAACGUAAAAAGAAAAUUAUUCAGUACAAGAUGUUUAAAUUUAGGUUUUCGGGGGAUAAGGAGGAUGAAGAAGAAGAUAAAGAUAUAAAAAACUCGACACUUAAUUGGAUAUCUGCCUCAAAGGUCGAGGUAUUGGAAAUGCAAGUUGAGAAACAGUAUGAACCCGUUGAUUAUGCAGAAAAUAAAAUAUUUCCAGGUUGUAAACUAAAAUUAAUUCGAUUUGAGAAAGCUUUGCACGAUUUACAAAUGGAAAAUUGUACAAAUAUUAUAGAAGCAGAAUCGCAAAAUUCUGAUCUCAUUCCCGCUAAGUACGAAGGUGGUUUAAAAAUCUGGGAGUGUAAUUACGAUUUAAGCCAAUAUUUGUUUAAAAACGACGUCGAAUUCCAAGGCAAAUUAGUUUUGGACUUAGGAUGUGGUAAUGGUGUUCUUGGUCUCAUUGCUCUUCUUAAAAAUUCCAUCGUCCAUUUUCAAGAUUAUAAUGUAGAAGUAAUUAAAGCUAUAACGAUCCCAAACGUUUUAUUAAAUUUCGAUGAUCGAGAAAGCGUAUUAAAAAGAUGUCAAUUUUUUUGCGGUGAUUGGGAAUCAUUUACAAAAUUGCGUAGUUCGAAAGGAGAUGAAUUCGUAAAAUACGAUUUGAUUUUGACAAGUGAUACUACUUAUAAUCCUGAUAAUCUAAAAAAGUUGUACGAAGUUUUUAAACAAAGACUCAAAGAAGAUGGUAUUGGUAUUUGCUCACGUGUUCUCAGACUUAUUGCUGGUAAAAGCUAUUACUUUGGUGUUGGUGGAGGAAUAAGACAAUUUCAGAACCUAAUAGAGGAAGAUGGUAUUUUUGAUGUUGAGACAAUGUGGAAAACUAGAGACGGGUUAGAAAAAAAAAUUCUAAAAAUUACAAGGAAGCAACAAUCUUAGACCUCUGUGAAACUUCCUAUUCAAAAGCAUUUUUGUAUUUUUUUGUACUUAUAUAUUCAAUAUUAUGUAAUAAAUAAGCUUUUUUUUA